GAAUGCGGGAGACGAUUAGUGUCGAAUUGUGGAUUGAUCUUGCGAGACCUUUUUUUAUUAUUAUUAUUAUUUACAAGUUAUAGUGCUAAUGGCUGCAAAAAAGUAAGGACUGUAGUCACACUUUUUUUAGAAACAAGGAAGAAGGGCCGACAUACAGUGUGUCAUGUUUAAUAACUGGGAGUUUAAGAGAAUAACUGUAAUAAGAAUACCAACGUUACCAUCAUUAUAAAAAGUACAACAGCCAUUGUAUAAUUCGUUGUCUCGUUAACCAAUAUGGAUCCCUCUGCCUCCUGAAUCACUGAAAUUAACGUGCUCGCGAGUAGAACGAAAUGGCAACUUCGAAGACAUCAAACACCUACAACCGUCAGAAUUGGGAAGAUGCUGACUUCCCUAUCCUGUGCCAGACAUGUUUGGGUGAUAAUCCAUACAUUAGAAUGACAAAGGAACGAUAUGGCAAAGAAUGCAAGAUAUGUUCACGCCCAUUUACAGUUUUUCGCUGGUGCCCUGGAGCACGCAUGCGUUUUAAAAAAACUGAGGUGUGCCAGACAUGCAGUCGGCUGAAGAACGUCUGCCAAACGUGCCUGCUUGAUCUAGAAUAUGGACUACCAAUUCAAGUUCGGGAUGCAGCCCUGCGUAUUAAGGAUGACCUCCCUCGAUCAGAUGUCAAUAAAGAAUAUUAUAUUCAAAAUAUGGAUAAGGAGUUAGGAAAGAUUGAUGCAACAACUCCAGCUGGUGCUGUGGGAAAGUCACAAGCAGCCAGUGAUCUGCUUAUGAAAUUGGCUCGAACAAGCCCUUACUAUAAGCGGAAUAGGCCACAUAUAUGCUCGUUCUGGGUGAAAGGAGAAUGCAAGCGUGGUGAGGAGUGUCCAUAUCGUCAUGAGAAACCUACUGACCCUGAUGAUCCACUUGCUGAUCAGAAUAUUAAGGACAGGUACUAUGGAAUUAAUGACCCAGUUGCAGAAAAACUUAUGCGUAGAGCCUCCGCAAUGCCUAAGCUAGAACCACCAGAAGAUAAGACUAUUACAACUUUGUACAUUGGCAACCUGGGAGAUAAGCUCACAGAGAAAGAAUUGUGGGACCACUUUUACCAAUAUGGAGAGAUCCGUUCUAUUACACUGGUUCCUCGACAGCAGUGUGCAUUUGUUCAGUUUACUUUACGCUCGGCUGCCGAAGCUGCAGCAGAACGGACAUUCAACAAGUUAAUCCUAGGAGGACGUCGCCUGACUAUCAAAUGGGGAAGAUCACAAGGCCGCCAAGGAGCUAAUGGUGGACGAGAAGGUGCUGAAGGUUCUGAGGGGCUCGAACCUGUACCUGGUUUGCCUGGAACACUGCCAAUGCCCCCAGUUGAACUUCGAGACAAUUUCUUUAAUUUAGGGGCUAGCGAUGAUACAGUGCUUCCCACUACAGUUGCAACUGUGCCUGCUGUACAAGCCACAACUCCUAUGCCUCCACCACCCAACCCAGCUACUGUACUUUUGGCUGCACCACCACCUGUACCUCGGCCUCCACCAGGAGUACGUCCUCCUGGUCCACCGCCAUUCUUCUUUCCUCCUCAUGUUCGAGCCCUUCCACCUCGUCCACCGGGACCACCAGUAUCGGCUGCCACAGCUGUCCGUGCACCUGUUGUCUCUGCAGCAUUCGGCCUUGCAGCAGCAGCUGCUGCUGCAGCACAGGCACCUCUGUUUCCACCUGGUACUGCUCCAGCACUCCCUCAGCUCCCACCAAAUCCUGCACCUCUAGUACCUCCAGGUACGCUACCAGGCCCACCACUCAAAACACCUGUGAUACAUUAUCCUUCGCAAGAUCCUGCCCGGUUGGGAGCUGCUCAGGGCCUUUCCAAAAGUAAAACUUGGCCUGGAGAUGAUUAAUCGUGAUGCCAUUGAUAAUGUUGUGACAUAAUUGUAUAAUGAAAAAUAUUUGCAAUAAAAUGGGAAAAAAUUAUAAAUUAAA